UUAAGAAGCCUUUAAUUAGUUGUCUGAGUUCCCCUCGAUCUUUUCUUCACAAAAGAGAAAUCAUCUUCUUCCUUCAUUUCGUUCUCAUAGGACAAUCAAUAUUCACACAAAACAACAAAUCUUGCCAUCUUCCUCAAGACUUACCAUUGAAACAAGACAAAAGCAAUGGCGAACGCGGCGUCUGGGAUGGCAGUGGAGGACGAGUGCAAGCUCAAGUUUCUGGAGCUAAAGUCGAAAAGAAACUAUCGGUUCAUAGUAUUCAGGAUAGACGGGCAACAAGUGGUGGUCGAAAAGUUAGGAAACCCCGAAGAGACUUACGAUGAUUUCACCGCUUCCCUCCCUGCGGAUGAGUGCCGCUAUGCUGUCUUCGAUUUCGACUUCACCACCGCUGAAAAUUGCCAGAAGAGCAAAAUCUUCUUCAUUGCGUGGUCACCAGACUCAUCAAGGGUGAGGAUGAAGAUGGUGUAUGCAAGCUCUAAGGAUAGAUUCAAGAGAGAAUUGGAUGGCAUUCAGGUGGAGUUACAAGCCACUGACCCUAGCGAGAUGAGCUUCGACAUUAUCAAAAGCCGAGCUCUCUAAAUUUGUUCAGUGAUCUAUAUCUCUAUCACUGAUCCUGAUCUUUCACGCAAAAAUUUACCAUGUUAUUGGUUAAAACUGAGUUCUUGUCUGUCUUUAUUCAUUUUUCAAACAUUUUUUUCUCUCUACUUUCGUUUUGAGAGAGAAGUUGAAACC